AUGACAUCAUUGCCUGAAAGAGCUCUGGCCCUCCCCUUCCCGGAGCUGCGCCCGGCAUGUUCUUGCGGGAGCAGAGUGGGUUUGCCUGGAGGGCGUGAGCCGAGGGCGGCAGUGCGCCAGAGCCCGAGAGAGGUGCGGAGGCGCGAGAGGAAGACCUGGAGAGACCCGCGAGCGUGCGAGCGGAGAUCUCCGGGUUGGAGGUGUCUGCGCCGCUCCCGGCUCCGCCCCUGCUCCGCGCGGCGCUGGGCCCUGGGAGGGGAACGCCUGUCAGGGGGUGGGGAGUGUGCACUAGGGGGAGGGUCCGGGGCGGUGGUGGGGGCGGAGAGCCGCCUGCGCACCUCAGGGCUGACAGCACACACGGCCUGGGGGCCUAGAGAAAGGUUGCUGAUCACCCGCCGCCCAGGGCCGGGGCCCCGCACCAUCCGGCGGCGAGCUCCCGAGAAGGGGCUCCCCCUCUCCACCCACCCACCCCCACCUCUGAGAUCGCCUAGCGAACGCGAGCUGCUGCCUUCUUCCCGGCCCCGCUGCACCUCCCCGGGGAGCCGAGGGCGGGCGUGGACGGGACCGACGUGGAACGCAUUCUGUAGCCCAGACGGGCUGUCCCUGCGGCUUCGGGCGUGGAGACACGCCCAGCUGGAGAGGCGGUCAGGGCGGACCAAGCCGGAGCCGCGGGGCUCUGAGGGUCCCAGUUGGAGCGCAGCCGAUCCUGGGGAGGCGAGAGCCUCAGAAGCCGCCAGCCCCAGAAGAUGCCUGCCUUCAACAGAUUGUUUCCCCUGGCUUCUCUCGUGCUCAUCUACUGGGAAAAGAGCUCUGGUUGGCUUCCCUCUGUGCAUGUCUACCAGACAUGGAGAUCGCAGAGGUUCCAUGAGAGCUGGGAUUUUGAGAUGGGAAAGGCGCCUCCUCACCGCCCUGCCCUGCUAUUCUCCAACCUCCUUUGGUGGUUCUUCCGCCCUUCCUCCAGUUUCCUGAUGAUUCCAAAGUAUUUUUUUUUUUUUUUGCUUUCCCU